CUCCUUUCCUCACCGGUAAUCAUAAUCGUACGGAGACAGGGAGAGCCUGAGAAAGAUCGAAACUUUGAGGAUCUCUGAGAAGAAAUAACUAUUUCCAGAUCUUUCAUACGUUGUUGUAGAUCCGUUGCCGAUAAUGAGUUCCUUCAGCGGCGAUGAGACGGCACCGUUUUUUGGUUUCCUCGGAGCCGCAGCUGCGCUCGUUUUCUCCUGUAUGGGAGCUGCCUACGGCACAGCAAAGAGUGGGGUAGGUGUGGCUUCGAUGGGUGUGAUGAGACCUGAGUUGGUAAUGAAGUCCAUAGUUCCUGUUGUUAUGGCUGGAGUUUUGGGUAUUUAUGGCCUUAUUAUUGCUGUGAUAAUUAGUACUGGCAUAAAUCCUAAGGCCAAAUCUUAUUACCUCUUUGAUGGGUAUGCACAUCUCUCCUCUGGUCUUGCCUGUGGCCUUGCUGGCCUUUCUGCUGGAAUGGCUAUUGGUAUUGUUGGUGAUGCUGGUGUGAGAGCUAAUGCUCAGCAGCCAAAACUUUUUGUUGGAAUGAUUCUCAUCCUGAUCUUUGCCGAAGCUCUUGCUCUCUACGGCCUCAUCGUUGGUAUUAUUCUGUCUUCACGUGCUGGCCAGUCCAGAGCUGAUUAGGAAAGGAGCUGUGCUGCAAAAUUAUUCUUUCAUUGCCUACAUGUUUCUACCUUUUUAUUUGGGGAAACAGGGGCUUGAUUUCUUAGAUGUUCUGAAGUUAGUGAUGCACUUGGACAGCACUUGCAGGCUUUAAUAAUGAUCUAUGUGGAAGUAGUUGCUCAAUCUGCCAGUGGGUGUUUAUUAGUUUGUUUAAAGUAGGUUUUCCCUUGCCCAAUAAGGCUUCUAAAGCUGACUCUUUCCUCGACAAUGUAUUAUGCCGUAUGAUCUUAGAGCCAAUGUAGUUUCUGGUGUUGUGGGAACUGGUCCUGUAAUGAUUUUAUAUUAUCAAUGAAUCUUCAAUGUGUUCAUAGGCCUUUUGCCAUAU